CCAUGUUGAUGGUAAGUGGUAGAGAGAGGUGGAGGGAGUCUGCCUUGCUAUGAGGAGGAGGAACAAAUCCACACAACAGCAUCGCACCAGUGGCCAGGUGAAAGGGGGCUCUUCAAGCCAGUGGCCGACUUCAUAGCAUCUAGCGUAUGCAUCGAUAGGCGCAUAUCGUGUGUCAAUUGUUUCUUGUGCUAUGCAGGAAGAGACUUGUUGCAGUGCAGACGGUCAAAUAAAUGUAUUUUUAGACAAGAGAAGAUUAUUUUUAAUGUAAGAAUUUGAAGAGAAGUUCAGAAAUUUUAUUUAAAAUACGUAAGUGUUAACAAGUAUGAAGUUAUCCUUCAUUUAUAUAUAUAAAAAUAAUAUUCUAGUCUGAUUGGUGCUGAAGAUAACAGUGAAUUAGAUAACUCAGCUUAAAAGUUAAUUGCAUGAAAGUUGAUUUUAUUUCUGAAAGGAGCCAAUGAAGGAGUUUAAUGUAACGAAAUGUAUAACACGUUUGAAUAAUUUACAAAUAAUUGUUGGUAGUGUAAAGGAGCAGAGAGAAACAUUGAAGGAAUCCUUGUGGAUGAAAUCCUUGAUACAUCGCAGCAAUAAGUAACGACAAGGAAAUUCUACAGAUGUGUGAAAACUGUUUCUAAAUGUCACUGAUUGUGCGUUGCGUGUGAAGGAAUCAUUACAUCGUUACACACACUAAAUAUUACGUAAAUAUCUGAAUUAUAGGAAACCAAAUAAAGCGAAAGAGAAAUUUGACUCGACAUAGUGUUACAGUGCUAAAAUGUGAGUGACAGGGAUGCCGGAGACGUCAGUGUUAGGAGUCAGAUGGACGCCGACGCUCAUUCAGCGGCAACUGGUGCAGGAAAAACGACGGCUACUGUUGCUGGCGCAAGGUGGUGGGGGCCCGCGGCGGCGACCGCUUCGGCAUCUACAGACGUCAUGAACCAGUUGUGUCGGGUGUGCGGGGAACCAGCAGCUGGGUUCCACUUCGGGGCCUUCACGUGUGAGGGGUGCAAGUCCUUCUUCGGCAGGACGUACAACAACACGAGCUCCAUCUCGGAGUGCAAGAACAACGGAGAGUGCGUCAUCAACAAGAAGAACAGGACAUCGUGUAAGGCGUGCCGGCUCAGGAAGUGUCUCAUGGUCGGCAUGUCGAAGAGCGGUUCUCGGUACGGGAGACGCUCCAACUGGUUCAAGAUCCACUGUCUGCUCCAGGAGCAGCAGCAGCAACAACAGCAGGCAGGUAACAACCCCGCACUUCGUGAACCCUUGAACACCAAGAACAGCAAAAUGUUGCCUCUGUGGGAAGGACUGGCACCGCAUUUCCAUGACACCAAACAACAGCUACAUCUGCCAAGUGCGGUGGAUGUUGACAACAACAACACUGGCACUCCCAAGAACUUCUUGGACAGCAAGUCCAGGUCACUACAAUCGGGACAUCUGUUGCCUGUAAGAACCCUCGCAGGGACACCGCACCCAGGGUACGCAGGCGAGGCGGCAGCUGCGCUGUGGGCCGCCAGAAACAGUCUGCUACCCUUACAGGUUACAUCUCACCACCAUGCCACGUCUAUUCCGCCUCUCCCCGUGCCUUUCCUAACGUCACCUUUCCUUCACAGUACAGGGUUUCAUCAUCCUCACCACGGCGGACCUCCUAGCUCCAGAAAUUUCUUAUUACCUUUUGUGCAAUCUAUGGCAACUUCUCCGAAACAUCAUGUCUCGGAGCGUCUCGCUUCCCCUGCCACUUCUUCUUCAACAUCGACGCCUUCAUCUUCGCAUUCGCCGUCUCCGAUCCGAGAUGGGAAGGUUGUGCAGAACGCGGCGGACGUCACGAAGCCCGAGCAGAGAUUCGGACAUUCCGAAGAGCCGAGAUCUGCAGCAUACGAGAAGUCAGUAGCGUUACUCCAGUCCCUGGGGCCCGUCCAGGAUCAACCUAUCGACCUCUCUGUAAGAAGUGGACCUCACAAUAAGACAAUAAAACACAGAAGAAGAAAAAGUUCAUCUGAGGACACUCCCGAAGAAGAGGGUGAAGUUGGUGGUGGCAGUGAUGGUGGUGUCGAAUCAUGUGAUGAUGACAGGGGUGAGGAAGGAGAAAACGAACCUUUGAAGGAGAGGGGUGGAGAUUCAGAGAAUAGGAAACCAAUUUCUACCCCUCUUGACCUUACAACCAAAACGUGACAGGCCAGUAAACUACAUGAAUACUUUAACGAUGUGUAGGUACGAUUGUAAAAUGUCUUUAGACUGAAUAAGCAGAUUUUGUCUGUCUUGCAGACCAAACCAGAUCAAGUGGCACUCCCUUUGCAGCUUUGCUCUCUCACAGAUGCUGACACGGUUUUAUUUCUCAAAUGAUUGUAUGACCAUGACGAUAUUUUGAUGACAUGGAAUGUUGUGAUUACAAAUUCCAGGAAUUUCUGCCAUAUUUUUAUUCAGAAAUAAAUAUAUCACCAUUCCAAAUUAAUUCCUGUUACGACGGUUUCAUUUAAAAGCAAUAUUCUUGCUCAAGAGGAGACAGUUGCAAAGUAACUCCGGUCCUCUGUGGACAUAAACAGCGCUGAAUAACACACCAGACCUUAUUUCAGUAUUUUCUCACUAGAGUUAAAAAGGUAAAGCUAUCCAUGUGACAGGCCGUGGAGGCCCAUAGG